AUGCCCAAGGCUCUGUUAGGGCGGCGGCUAUGCAACUUGGGGGGCCGAAUUAGGCGAAUGAACCUCUUGCAUCUGGCGCCUGUCGCGCACUCAACCAGGGUUUACAUUGGCCUGGCUGUAGACUCUCGAUCAAGGGUGGGUGGGAACAGGGGCCCGGGAUCUGGGAAUUUGAGAGUCUGGGUCUUUGGCACGGCAUGUCGGACUCGGGUAAUCGCUUUCGCCUUUGUGGCCAACUCCCAACUGCUUCAUUUGUCCACCGCCGGCAGAUCCAUCUAUUCCUUGGUAAGAACUAUCUCGAAUCCAGUAAACCAGGGACACGCGGGUCGCUGUAGACUGAGCAUCUGCACCUUCGAUUCCCUUCCGGGACGACUCAAUCGUCUUCUUGUCGGCUCUCUUCAUCUUCUUCAAAACGGUACAUGGCUCUUUCACCUGAUUCGCGUGCAUCCGCGGCAGACGACGCACAUCGGCAACCGGGCCCUCCCGUCAAACAACCGCGCCCACAUCUACCGAGGGGACUUUUGGCACGAUUUCUCGCAAACCGACCAACAACAGCUUGCGAACGUUCGCUUCCAACGGAACGGACAGCACUUGCAGGGCGACUCGAUGGCGCAAAAUUCUAGCUCUGCUCACAACAAGUCUCGGUCCCACGGCCAUGGAGCCAGGUCUGUCGAGGGCACGCCAAAUGAGUAUUACUCUCCGUAUCACUAUCCAAGCGAGACCCCGGCUUUCCAUGCCCGAGAGAGAACAACUUGCAACGAUUACAGUACCUCGUACGACUGGACACAACCACUCACCCAACCUGCAGACUUUGCUGCCGACGACCUUGGAAGCCAUGAAUACCCAGAUGAUGACCUGUUCUACAGCGCAACCCAGUCCGAAGGCGUGCUGCCAAACUUGUUUGACGUCAGUGACACCCACAGACUGUACCAAGCAUAUAAUCUGGAUCAAAGCUUGGGCAUCCCCCUUCAGCCAUCAACAUCAUGCGUCGAUGUUCCGGGAUCGAUGCCCUCCACCACUGCCGAAGGGCUCUUGCCUGCCCAGUAUGGCAGCUCUGGCUUUUGGAUGGACCCAUCCUUCUCAACUGUGUCAUCUUUCCCGCAUCCUGGAGGGUCGUGGGGUUUUGUAAAGAACAACACGGAGGACGAAGUCAAGAUGCUACUGUCGACAAAAUUCGAAAGAGAUGCAGAGGGCAAAAUAUCCGAGUUUACACGCAACGGCAAAGUCGUCAACCUGGCGACUUAUCUUAGGCGCAAAGGUGUGACAGAAUAUGACCUUGUCGACUUUGACACGGCGUCGGAACUGCCCUCGCACAUUCGCGUUCGUACGCCUUCCCCACCCCCAGCACCUGGUUAUUUGCGAUCACCAGACCUCAUACGCGCGCAGGAGAUCCUCGUGAUUAAUAUGAGGAAGGCUUUGAUGCACUGUCAGCAGAAUGAACGCAGUGAUGCCCAUCAGCACGGAUGGGCGUCGCUGCUGUUGUGGGGUGCCGGGUCGAGUCACAUGCUGUUUGAAGCCAGCAAGUUGUUCGAACGACAAAGAAACGACCUGGCCGGCAGUCUCCUCAUGCACGCAUUCCGGCGGUUAGAGGUUGACCUACGGCAGCUUUCCACGCAAGGCAUCAAGGAACUGUUGUUCGGCAUGUCAAAUCGACAUCCCGGCAUGAUGACGGCCUUGUCCAGGUAUCUAGCAGCGUACGCUACCAGGAACUACGAGCGGCUGCACCCGCUCCGGCUAAUCUUCACCAACAUGUACCAAAUAAGACAGAAGCACGGCCCUGCUGCCCUCUCAAGUCUCAUUUGGAAUGCCAUGCCAUCUGUGGCUGAGGAGAUUGAGUCCGCCUAUGGAUCACAGUCGCCACUCGCCGUCAGGACAUGGAUGGAUCUCUCGAUGCUCUACGAUCAUACCAGUACUUAUCGCAUGUCUCACCUGUACGACCAGCUGGGUCACCUGAGCCACAAGUAUGUCAGUUCGACCGAAGACGACAUGGCCUUCCGCUACGUACGCAUCCAACUCUCGGCUUUUGCCGACCAUAACGGCAGCGCCCACCGACAGCAACUUGUGACCACCUGGAAUUACUGCGUUGCAAAUAAGCUCGUGUUUGGUAUCCGUGGCCAGCCAGAUGUCUACUGCUAUCACUCUGUUUUGCAAAUCAAGCCGUGGAUGAAACGUGUCAGGCAGCGAUAUGGCCAGACGCUCAAGAGCACUGAGCUUUUGCUCGGCUGCAAGAUGAUAUGCUGCUUCGCCGAGGAUCCGCAUCCUGUGGAGCACGUCGACGAGACGGAUACACUUGAUGCACACCCUCUGCUUCGUUUGCCGGUAUCUCUGGCAAGCUUGCAGCCGUCAUCUUCUACAGCACCGGCAGGGGCUUGA